AUGAAAUCGAAUGCACGCUGUAAUAAUAAACAACCACGUCUGUCAUCAAAUUCAUCCUCACUGCUAUCAUCAGUUAAUCGUGUGGACUGCAGUCCACCAGGAAAACAACCUGUAACUAGAUGUAAUCAUUGUCAUGUUUUAUUCCCAUCAUUAUAUGAACUGAAUAAUCAUUUUCUGACAGAGCAUAACGUUAUACUUCAAGCUGAAAUGGAGCACACAAAAUCAUGGAAAUCACAUACAAUAGAUGACGCAUGCUUACAAGGGCUUACACGUCUUGAAAAUCGAAUAACUGAAGAUUAUACUGUGCACUCAAAGAAUAUGAAGGUAAUACUCAGUCAUCCAAACAAUAUGAACACUUCUGGUUAUCCUUGCCCAAACUGUGAUUAUGUGGCUAAGUGGCCAACUGAACUUCAAAAACAUAUAAUGGUUCAUUCAAAACAACGUCCACAUCGUUGUAUUAUCUGCGGGUUAUCAUAUAAAUGGAAAUGGGAUCUUGGUAGACAUUUUGACAAAAGUCACAACAGAACUAUGAACCCUUAUAAGAAGAAUGUAUUCAGUAAUUCACUAAAUCAAGAAAACCGACAAAAGGUUGUGAGAUCUCAGAAGUCAUCAAUUCGUAAACAUGCAGAGAUAAAACAAAGUCUUCAGUUAGCUCCUUCAAUGGUUGACUACAUUCCAUUCUCAAUAUCUCCAACAAAUAUUGAUCUUAAUCAGCGGGGUGAAAUUUGUAAUUCACUAAAACAUGAUAUUUCAAUGAAAUCAGUGAAUCGACCAGGAUAUAAUCAUAUGCAGUCAGUUUGA